UUUUAUAGUUUGACGUCAUAAAUAUCAAUCCGCGUGUGCCUUUGAUGGAAGUAGUUCCCGGUCUGUUUGGCGGUUCACCUUGAGCUCUCGAUCCGGACCGGAGCGCAUCAGUCAACGGCCGACCGUCAUCAAACACAGCAUAUUACCCGUCUCUUCCACGAUGCCCCACACUAAACUUCAGGAUAUGGGAUCUGCCUUCAUCCAAACACAGCAGCUCAACGCUGCCAUGGCCGACAGCUUCCUGGAGCACAUGUGUCUGCUGGACAUCGACUCGGAGCCCACCAUCGCCCGCAACACUGGCAUCAUCUGCACCAUCGGACCGGCCUCUCGCUCUGUGGAGAUGCUGAAGGAGAUGAUCAAGUCUGGCAUGAACAUCGCUCGUCUCAACUUCUCUCACGGCUCACACGAGUAUCACGGUGACACUAUUAAAAAUGUACGUGAAGCUUGUGCCAGCUUCGAGCCGGGCAGCAUCCAGUACAGACCAGUGGGCAUCGCUCUGGACACCAAGGGACCAGAAAUCCGAACCGGACUCAUUAAAGGAAGCGGCACGGCGGAGGUGGAGCUGAAGAAGGGAAAUAAGAUCAAAGUGACCAUGGACGAUGCUUUCAUGGAGAGCUGCGAUGAGGAAACACUCUGGCUGGACUACAAGAACAUCACCAAGGUGGUAGAAGUGGGCAGCAAGGUCUAUAUUGAUGAUGGACUUAUUUCUCUCCAGGUCCUGGAGAUCGGAUCUGACUAUCUGGUGUGUGAAAUUGAGAACGGAGGAACUCUGGGAAGUAAGAAGGGUGUCAAUCUGCCGGGUGCCGCGGUCGACCUGCCCGCCGUGUCAGAGAAGGACAUCCAGGACCUGCAGUUCGGCGUGGAGAUGGGGGUCGACAUGGUCUUUGCCUCCUUCAUCCGCAAGGCGUCCGAUGUGCACGAGGUGCGUAAGGUGCUGGGAGAGAAGGGCAAGAACAUCAAGAUCAUCAGCAAGCUGGAGAACCACGAGGGUGUGCGCAGGUUUGAUGAGAUCAUGGAGGCCAGCGAUGGCAUCAUGGUCGCUCGAGGAGACCUGGGUAUUGAAAUCCCCACAGAAAAGGUGUUCCUGGCCCAGAAGAUGAUGAUUGGUCGCUGCAACAAAGCAGGAAAGCCAAUCAUCUGUGCCACACAGAUGUUGGAGAGCAUGAUCAAGAAGCCUCGCCCGACGCGUGCCGAGGGCAGCGAUGUGGCUAACGCCGUCCUGGACGGAGCCGACUGCAUCAUGCUGAGUGGAGAGACGGCGAAGGGAGACUAUCCUCUGGAGGCUGUACGCACCCAGCACAUGAUCGCUCGCGAGGCAGAGGCGGCUAUGUUCCACCGGCAGGUGUUUGAGGACCUGCGCCGCUGUUUGCCCCCCUCCACCGACCCCGCCGAGGCCAUCGCCAUCGGGGCUGUGGAGGCCUCCUUUAAAAUCCUGGCCUCUGCGUUUGUAGUCCUCACUGGGUCCGGCAGGUCUGCUCAUCUGAUCUCUCGUUACCGCCCGCGUGCCCCAAUCAUCGCAGUGACCCGUAACGAGCAGACGGCCCGACAGGCUCAUCUGUACCGCGGCAUCUUCCCCGUGCUCUACAACAAACCCUCCAACGAUGUUUGGGCCGAGGAUGUGGACCUGAGGGUCAAUUUUGCCAUGGAUGUCGGUAAAGCUCGUGGGUUCUUCAAGCCCGGUGAUGUGGUGAUCGUCCUGACCGGCUGGCGUCCAGGAUCCGGUUACACCAACACCAUGCGUGUCGUCCCAGUGCAGUAAAGCUGGGAUACAACACUCACUCCUCUUCAUCCCAUCCCUCCCGACUCUUUCAGACCAUCAUCAUCAUCACGAGCCUGGCUCCUCCCACACGCCUCUGGCUCCUCCCACACGCCUCUGGACCACCAUCACUUACUCGUUUAGUUCUCACUACUUUCAUUUCCUUUCCACAAGCUUGUGGCGAAGGGCUCACACUUACUGUAACUCUAGUUUGUUUUAUGUGUGGUGUGUUAGUCUGCCUGUGUGUUCACACUCCUAAUGAUGUUACAUUCUGUGUUGCACUUGUCCAUGAGAUCGUCUGAUUUUGGGGGCGAGGCGACCAAUGUGCUAUAUAUUUUUUGAAAUGUUAACGUUGGGAUGUCUGCGUCCGGGUUUUAGUGGAGUAAGAUGAACGACAGAGUUUCUGAGAGAUGAAUAUUGAUUGAGCAGCCUCGUCACAUCUCUCCUGUUCUUCCCCUCACGACGCACUCGUCUGUCUCUGCUGCUCCUGAGUGUGUGUGUGUGUGUGUGUGUGUGUGUGUUCAGAUCUACCUGCUUUGUGUCGCUAGGGUGCAAGAUGUACUUAAAACUGUAAGAGUAAACUAUAGUGUCAUUCUGAAGUGUUGUAUUAUUCAAGACUGAAGUAAUAAAGCAGAUGAGCACCUGGA